AAUAAUGCAUUUUUAGGGUUGACUCGAGAAAGAGUACAGAAUAAGCACACCGCCAGAGGCACAGGAAACUGAACAGAAGGCAUAUUGCUGUUUUCGAAAGUUGGACUAAUCAUGAGCGGAUGUCCCUAUUUUGGAAAGAAGCAUCAGUUACUUCCAAAUAAGCUCCAGUCCCAGGAAGAAGAGGACAACUCACAGGCGGGUAUCAAUAAAGCCAGCAAAGGAGGCAUCAUCUAUGGGGACUAUCUGCAGCUGGACAAGGUGGUGACAGCUCAGGUUCUUCAGAGUGAGCUGGCGGGGAACAAGAUCCACGAUGAGCACCUCUUCAUCGUCACUCACCAGGCUUAUGAACUCUGGUUCAAACAGAUAUUGUGGGAAUUGGAUUCGAUACGAGACAUUUUCAUAGGUGGCCAUGUUCGUGAUGAAAGGAACAUGCUUAAGGUCGCGACCCGAAUGCACAGAAUCACCAUGAUUUUCCGGCUGCUGGUCAACCAGUUUUCCGUCCUGGAAACAAUGACGGCCUUGGAUUUUUUUGACUUCCGAGAUUAUCUGUCCCCAGCCUCCGGGUUCCAGAGCCUACAGUUCCGCCUGUUGGAAAACAAGAUUGGAGUUGCGGACAGCCAGAGGGUCCCUUACAAUCGACGCCAUUACAGGGAUAAUUUCAGAGGCGAGGACAGUGAGCUGUUACUGAAGUCUGAGCAGGAGCCAACGCUGCUGCUUCUAGUGGAUCAAUGGCUAGAGAGAACCCCAGGACUGGAGGAAGAAGGAUUCAAUUUCUGGGGCAAACUGCAAGCCAACAUCAAAGAAUGGCUGAGAUUGGAAAAAGAACAGAUUGAGAAAAUGACAGAGUUGGAGUCGGAGACAAAGGAGGAAAUGAUGGCAGACCUGAGCAAACAGAAAGAAAACUUCACGGCUCUUUUUGACGAGAAGCGUCAUGGCCACCUGUUGAGCAAAGGAGAGAGAAGGCUCUCUUACAAGGCACUCCAGGGAGCUCUGAUGAUCUACUUUUAUAGAGAGGAGCCCCGCUUCCAGGUGCCCUUCCAGCUCUUGACCUUUCUGAUGGACAUCGACGGCCUCAUGACCAAGUGGAGAUACAACCAUGUAUGCAUGGUGCACCGAAUGAUUGGCAGCAAAGCUGGAACUGGGGGAUCAUCUGGUUACCACUACCUGCGUUCCACCGUCAGUGACCGUUACAAGGUCUUUGUGGACUUGUUCAACCUGGCCACCUUCCUGGUGCCUCGUAAGUGGGUUCCCAAACUGAACCCCAAUGUUCACACAUUCCUGUACACCGCUGAGCUGUGCGACAGUUCUUACUGCAGCAGCGAGGACUCUGACUAUAACGAGGAUGCAACUGGAUAAAAACAGUGUUGUCUUCUUUCAAAGUAUAAAUGCAAACAACGCAUACACCAUCCAUCACAUUUUAGAUAAAAUGCUAUAUGUAAAUACUAUUUAUAUAAUGUAUAUGCAGCAGCAUUAUCAUGAUUUGUGUGUUGAUGUGAUUUAUGUACAUAUGCCGAUUUAUGCCAUUGACAUAGGGCAGCCUGUAGCAUAGUGGUUAAGGUACAUGACUAGGACUUGCAAGGUCGGUGGUCGGAUCCCCGGUGAAGCCAUGAUAAGAUCCGUUCAGCUGUUGGGCCCUUGAGAAAUGCCCUUAACCCCACAUUGCUCCGGGGGGAUUGUUUCCCGCUUUGGAUGAAAGUGUCAGUCAAAGAACAUAUAAUGUAAAUAGACAUCCUUGAUUGAUUUUCAUUGAGAAAAUCUGCAUGUUUAGCUAAUGCAUUGUUAGGUGUAAAAGAAAUUGAUUUCUGUGUAUCUUGUGUAGCUGAGGCUCCAGCUUACAUUAAAUUGCUAGGCGGUAAGCUAUAGUAGCUAGUAGGGGUGGGAAAAUGUGAUGCAUGGAUCUUAAGGUGGCAAAUCAAGUCAUCGAAUUGAAAUGUUAGAAUUGCUUAUAAUUGAUUAAAAUAAUAAUUUUGCAUAAAUAUGGCUGUGAAUGUAAAGUUUAGUAUAUUGUAUUAAUUGUAUAUAUUCCACUAUUACUGAGUACAUAUAUUUCUUCAGUCACAUGUGUGCAUUCAGUGUAUUUUUAAGAAUAAUUUUGUAAUUAAAUGGAUUGAAUCAUAUUCAUGUAAUCAAAUCGAAUUGUGGUGAAAUGAGAGAUCGUAUCUAAUGUUGUGAAAUCAGAGAUCUACAUCCCUUGUAGCUAGAAUAUAUGCUUAUGUGAAAUGUAUUGAGAUUAGUCAGAUUCUCUGUGAAACUGAUUAAACCCAAAAUUUUAAUGUGGAAA